GUUUGUAGAAACCAACUUUCUCGAGAUCCAUAGAGAAAAAAUUUAAGAGUAAAGACGGAUAUUAGAUUUGUGAUCAGCAUCAUAAGUUAUACUUAAUCAAGUAUAAUUCAAGAAGAAAAUAAUUGGACACUUGAAGUUGUCCUCUGUAAACUCGACAGAACAACUCUUUUUCAAAUCUUCUCUCGCUCUCUCUCCUGUUCUAGAUAAAAAUAUUGGAUUGACAUUGAUUGUUGUGUUAUUAACUGGUACAUUAUUGGUCGUAAUAUGUGCAUUUUUAUUGUAUAAACGUCGUAAUGAUCGUCGUGUAAAAUAUUUGUCGCAUAUGUUGAGCAGUUUAUUUCCAUCUCGUUCACGAACGGUUCUUAAAGAUAAUGUAGGUAGUAGUGGAGGUAACAGUGAUGGUGGUAAUGAGAAUUUGAAUAAUAAUAAUGACUGUAAAAAAUUAGAUGAUAUAAAUGGAACAAUUGUUCCUCCAGUUGAUGAAAAAUCUCAAAAGAUUAAUGAAUAUGAUGUUUCUUACAAUCCAAUAGAUUAUCAACAUAAAAAUAUAAAUGAAAAACAUCAAAGUCUAGAGAAAAGGAUUUUUAUUGAUAAUUUAAAAACUGCUCCAUCAUUUUAUGCAUCGUAUAAAAUAGUGCUUACAAAUGAUAAAAAAUAUGAAAAAAAUGAGAAAACAAAUUCAAAUGAAAAUAUGUAUUCGAUUGAUCCUGUUGCAUUUUCAUCAGCACCAUUAAAUUUUCGUCCUGGUAUUCAUCUAAAUAUGAAUAAUAGUCAAAACAACGAUGAUAAUUCGAUAUUAUAUGAAUAUGUUUUACCAUUAGAUGACACUACAGUUGAUAAUACAUCAACUAGUAAAAUUCAGUUAGUACGAGAUAGUGAUGAUGACUAUUAUUCAGAUAUUAAGCAUAAUGAUAGACAUGAACAACAACAAGAAAAUUAUGAUCAAGUAAUCUAUGCAACACCAUCCAUAAAAAGCACAACAAUAGCAAACAAUGAGAAUGAAAGUCAUAUUUAA